ACAAAUUAGCCACCAAACCAACAAUUAUGGAUAUAAAAAGCCACAGCUAACAGCACCACAGCACUGCCCACUACAGACAGUUUUUGAUUGUGGAGAAUAAUGGCGGAGGAGGAGCAGAAUAAGCUUAAAGGAUAUGGCGGAGGAGGAGCAGUAAAGGGGAUGGUGGAGGUGAAUCCUCAGCCGCAGAAAGGAUUGACGUCCAAGCUAAUUGACUGGGUGGAGAAGCUGAUCGUCAAGUUAAUGUACUAUCCUCAGCCUCUCCAUUACCUAUCCGGUAAUUUUGCUCCGGUUGAUGAAACCCCUCCCACCACCGACCUCAUCGUCAAAGGCUAUCUUCCUGAAUGUUUGAACGGCGAGUUUGUAAGAGUGGGUCCGAACCCCAAGUUUGCUCCUGUUGCUGGAUAUCACUGGUUUGAUGGAGAUGGCAUGGUUCAUGGGGUGCGCAUCAAAGAUGGUAAGGCAACUUAUGUCUCUCGUUUUGUGACGACAUCACGUCUUAAACAAGAAGAGUUUUUUGGAGGUGCUAAAUUUAUGAAGAUUGGAGACCUUAAAGGGCUAUUUGGAUUACUCAUGGUUAACAUGCAAAUGCUGAGAGGAAAAACAAAAGUGUUGGAUCUUUCAUAUGGACAAGGGACAGGUAAUACAGCCCUCAUAUAUCAUCAUGGAAAACUUCUUGCACUUUCUGAAGCUGAUAAACCUUAUGUCCUCAAAGUUCUGGAAGAUGGAGAUCUUCAAACUCUUGGCAUGAUGGAUUAUGACAAGAGAUUGGGGCAUUCCUUCACUGCCCAUCCCAAAGUUGAUCCAGUAACUGGUGAAAUGUUUACCUUUGGCUAUUCACAUACUCCACCUUAUAUCACAUACAGAGUUAUUUCGAAGGAUGGUUUUAUGCAUGAUCCAGUUCCAAUAACCAUAUCUGACCCAAUCAUGAUGCAUGACUUUGCUAUUACUGAGAAUUAUGCAAUUUUUAUGGAUCUUCCCCUUUAUUUCAGACCAAAGGACAUGGUUAAAGAAAAGAAGCUGAUUUUCACAUUUGAUGAAACAAAAAAAGCUCGUUUUGGUGUCCUUCCACGGUAUGCAAAGGAUGAUCUUCUAAUCAGAUGGUUUGAGCUUCCAAAUUGCUUUAUAUUCCACAAUGCCAAUGCUUGGGAGGAGGGUGAUGAGGUUGUCCUAAUCACUUGCCGCCUUACACAUCCAGAUUUAGACAUGAUAAGUGGAGCUGACAAAGGAAAGCUUGGAACUUUCACAAAUGAGCUGUAUGAGAUGCGGUUCAACAUGAAAUCCGGUUUUGCUUCGCAAAAGAAACUAUCAGAAUCUGCUGUCGACUUCCCUAGGGUGAAUGAGUGCUAUACUGGCAGAAAACAAAGAUACGUGUAUGGAACUAUUCUGGACGAGAUUGCAAAGGUUACAGGGGUUGUCAAAUUUGAUCUGCAUGCUGAGCCAGAGCCAGGAAAAGCAAAGAUUGAAGUUGGAGGGAAUGUUAAAGGUUUAUUUGACCUUGGUGCUGGUAGAUUUGGUUCGGAGGCUAUUUUUGUGCCUCGUGAACCAGGUACAACUUCUGAAGAGGAUGAUGGCUACCUGAUAUUCUUUGUACAUGAUGAGAAUACCGGAAAAUCAUCCGUGUGUGUACUUGAUGCAAAAACAAUGUCACGUGAUCCUGUUGCGGUUGUUGAUUUACCGCACCGAGUCCCAUAUGGUUUCCACGCCUUCUUUGUAACAGAGGAACAACUCCGAGAACAAGCAAAACUAUCAUAAUCAUGUCAAGAAUUCGAAGACAGAUAAUUUUAGGUUCAAUAAACUGUAAGAGCGUAUUUAGCUGGGAGCCCGCCACCAUAGACUGGUAAAUUGUGUUAUAUCUAGAUUGCACUGCCAGCAUUCAUACCCAUGUUGCAUAUCCACAAGAUUGUAAUAAACUAUGAAGAAGUGGUUAUCUUGGUUCUUUUGCUUGUUUACGAGCUGUCUAUAUGUAUCUGGAUGAAAAUCAUUAUCUUCUCUGAAAAUUCACACAAACUAGACUUCGAAGAUUUUAAUAUCAAAUGCCACAAGAUUUAUAU